CAAGGUUCCUAUAACAGUCCCUCCUUACAUCAGGUGUCCUCACCAGAGUGCCCCCUUACAUCAACUGUCCCCAUCAGAGUGUUCCCUUACAUAAACUGUCCCCUUCAGAGUGUUCCCUUACAUCAACUGUCCCCAUCAGUGUUCCCUUACAUCAACUGUCCCCAUCAGAGUGCCCCCUUACAUCAACUGUCCCCAUCAGAGUGUCCCUUUACUUCAACUGUCCCCAUCAAAGUGCCCUCUUACGUUAACUGUCCCCAUCAGAAUUACCCUUACAUCAACUUUCCCCAGCAAAAUGCCCUCUUACAUCAACUCUCCCCAUCAGAGUGUCCCCUUACAUCAACUGUCUCCCUCAGAGUGUCCCCUUACAUCAACUGUCCCCAUCAGAGUGCCCUCUUACAUAAACUGUCCCCAUCAGCGUGCCCCCUUACAUCAACUGUUCCCAUCAGAUUGCCAUCUUAUAUCAACUGUCCCCCUCAGAGUGUCCUCUUACAUCAAUUGCCCCCCUCAGAG